AAAAAAUUUUACGCCAAAACAAAAGACUUAAGCGACAAACUGGCAUCAUUUAUGCUAUGUAUUCGCUUAUAUUAUUAUAUUAUUCAGUCGGAAGGCAAUUAGGCUUACUCAAAAGACAUUCUUCUGUAGUUUUUAGAAAUAAUAGUUUCAAAAUGAAGGAAUCUUACAUCAAGUAGCCCUAUUUGGUUGGAGAGAUAUUUUUAUAGUUGAAACAAUUUUAGUUGACAUUACAUUUCGUUAUUUAAAAUCUUUAUUGCAAUAAUAUAUAUGUAAAUAAAAUGUUUUCGAUUUGCCUCAAAGCUUUACAGCUGCAAAUCCAUUUCAUAUCGUACUUUUAAAUAGAAUAAAACAAACCGAUUUUUCAUCUGUACAGUUAACCAAGCACGGAGUGUUCUACAGCAGGAGCAAAACAGUUUCUCGAGGAGAUCAAAAGCAAACCACAAAAGCACCGUUUAUUUCAAUGUCGAAUCAUCUCUAAAUGAAAUCGUUGAUUGCAUUUUUUGCUCGGAUUGCCGAUUCAAGCACUUUCCGUCGUGCAAAAAUGAAAUGCACGACUUAAUUUAUUACACAAUAAAAAUUUAAGCAUUUUUUGAAAACGUUACAAAAUUGCAGCCACAUUUAACAGAUUAAAAGAAAAAAGUAAAACGGCUUUCAUUAAUCAAAUAACUGCCAACUGCUCAGACAAGCAAAUUGAUAAAUAAAUUUGCUGCUAAAACCGCACAUUUAAUUUAUCCACGAGCUAUGCGAUGGAAAGCGAUUUGUUUUGGUUUUUUUUCGCUUUUUGCUUGUACUUAAACACAUUACCAAUUAUAAACCUUUUUGAAAUAGACUUAUUGAUACACAGGCCUUUAGAAAUUUGCAUUAAUAAUACAAUAGUGUAAGUAUAAACAAAUUUUACCAAUGCCAGAGAGAGUGAGAACUAUUGCUGAUCAAUCGAGUGAUAGUAGCCUUUUCAACCCACUUAACGCUCACUUGUUCACCUGCUGGCACCAAAAUCUGUCAACGGGUUAAGAUCUUUGCCAUUGGCAGUGGCAAUAGCGUUUGCCGGGUUUAUAAACAGCUGGCCGAAUACUGGUUGGAUUCAAUCGUGCAAAAGUUGCUGCGCAGAGAAGACGUCUUCCUUUUGUGUUUUGUACUGAAAAGAAUUUAAACAAAAAACAAAAAAAAAAUUGAGGUUUCAAUAGUCUGAAAAGAGUGCAAAGCAAACCGAGCAGCUGAAAUAAAGAGAGUGUUAAAAAACAACUCUCAUUCGAUAUGUGGAAGAUUCUAUUGGUUUGCAUUGUCGCAGUUUUCGUAAUGAACGCGGACGGAGCACGCAAUAACAAGCGAUAUGCCGGCGGAUAUGCAGGUAGUAGCGCUGGCAGUUAUGCUGGAGCAGGUGGUAGCGCCGGAGGCUAUGGCGGUGGUUAUGACGAUUACGAUUACGGAUAUGCGCCCGAUUUUGGUUUUAUAGAUCCAUACUUAUUCCAUCAACAGCUGACUGCGCAAAUUCUUGCCAAUCAGGCCACACAACAUCACGCUAUUGCUUCGGUUUAUUCUUCCGGCCAAGCUAUGGUCACUGCUGAUGCAUCUCUUUUGCCUGACGAUAAACGUAUUCAGCAACAAAUCGCUCAACAACAAGCUUACUUCCAAAAUGCUUACCCUCCCACCUACUAUGGUGGUGGCAAUAGGUACGGAACAACAAAUCGUUACGCACCCAAUCAUGCUAUCGCUGCAGCAUCCAUAGGACCUGGUGGAUCUUAUCACACUGCCAAUAUCAGUCCAGCAAAUCCGGAUGUUCCGAAUAUAACCAAUCGUUUUGGUGGACCAUCGUCACCGGGCGGCUACAAAGGUGUUUCGGUUAGCUCUUUUUCGAGUAGCUCAGACAUUAAUGGUCAGAAGUCAAGUCAGCGUGGCGCACAGACCACAAUCAAUGACAAUGGCAAAAUCACCACAUACAGGGUGCAAUCUUAAAUUCUACGAGAUACUUAUAAUAUAUUUUUUUUAUAUUAAAUAUAAAGCAAUACACUAUAAGUAUUUAUUAUUAAUUGUGUAGCUUUGUAGAGAAAUAUUUGUGAAUGUAUCUUAUUGGGGUAGCUUUAAGCUUCAAAUCAUUAUUUAUGUCGGGCAGUCUUGAAAUACACAUACGUACAUUGUGAAAAAAGUAUUUUUAUGUCAUAGGUACAUGGUGCAUAUUACUCUGGCCUAUUCUAUGUAUUUAGUAAAGUUGAAGCGAUGGCUGUAAACUAACUUUUGAUCUAUGCAGGAAGCAAUAUUAAAAAACCAAUUUUUGUUUUACCAAAA